GAACAUGAAGAUGUCAGAGGAUAAGUAUGCCAAUUUGGACCAGUUAUGUAACAAAGGGGCAAGCAAAAAUGAGAAUGCCUAUGAAGAUGACAUCGCCUCUCAGGACUCAAGAGACAAGACCAAGAAGGAUGCCACCUCUAAGAUCAGACCAGGAGCUAACCCCUCAAGUUCUGAUAACUCACGUAGGAGACCCUCCAGAGCUGCUGCAGUUUGUCUGGGGCUGCUGUGUGUUCUCCUACUGGCUGGGAUUGUAGGUCUGGGUCUCCACCACAAGCAUAUCUUCAGUGAGUUUGAGGAUUGUAAAGCCAGCAACAUCAACCUGGCUAAGAUGAAAGACCAGUUACAGAUCAGCUUCAACAACAUUACCAAGGAAAAAGACCAGCUACAGACCAGCUUCAACACCAUGAAAAAGGAGACAGACCAGCUACAGACCAGCUUCAACACCAUGACUAAGGAGGCCGACCAGCUACAAACCAGCUACAACACCAUGAAAAAGGAGAGAGACCAGCUACAGACCAGCUUCAACACCAUGACUAAGGAGACUGACCAGCUACAAACCAGCUACAACACCAUGAAAAAGGAGAGAGACCAGCUACAGACCAGCUUCAACACCAUGACUAAGGAGGCUGACCAGCUACAAACCAGCUACAACACCAUGAAAAAGGAGAGAGACCAGCUACAGACCAGCUUUUCUGACCUAAAACAAGCUGGGCCUAAAGGCUGGACGCUGUUUCAGUCCAGUUGGUAUUACAUCUCCUCUGAGGUCAAAUCCUGGGAUGAGAGCAGACAGGACUGCUUGGAGAGAGGAGCAGACCUGGUGAUUAUAAACAGCAAAGAGGAGCAGACAUUUCUCACUAUGCCGGACAAGAGGGUAUGGAUUGGCCUGACUGACAAAGACAGAGAGGGGACCUGGAAAUGGGUGGACGGUACCCCACUGACCACAGCCUAUUGGUCGGGACAACAACCUGAUAAUGGUAAUGGGGAUCCAAUAUAUGGGGAGGAGGAUUGUGCUGAGAUAGUUAUUAUGUGGAUAUGGAAUGAUAUUUCAUGUGCAAAUCAUUUCAAUUGGGUCUGUGAGAAGGUUAUUAACAGUGUUAUAAUUUAAUGCAUGUGUAUAUACCAGAUGUGCUCCCUGAACUUGUGUCAUUCAGUUUUGAUAUGAGCAAGGAAAUGUUUUAGUCAUUUGAUAAGAAGCUUAAAAGAAAUUACUCUGAAAUGUAAAGACUGUUCCUUCCUAUUUGUGUUCACAAACUGGUGGUUAGGCAGACUUUGGCACUUAAUGUGGACUCAACUGACUCACUGAACAGACCAUUCCCUGUCUACCAGUGGUUAUGUCCAGUGGUGUAAAGUACUUACAGUACCAGUCAAAAGCACCCCCACACCAUAACACCUUCUCCUCCAUGC